AUGGGAAAUACGAAUGUGGUAGAGCAACAAAUUGCAACAUCUGAUGCUAAGGUUGAUCCAGUUCAACAACAGGUUGCAAAGCUGGUUGGUGAGAAACAGUUAAUCGAUGUGGAGGAAAUACUGGAUUCCGAGGUCUCGGGCUCUGCUUUGUGGACGAGAGUACGUAGGGAGAGUAAGAGCUAA